AUGACUAUUCUUUCAUCUUUAGGAAAAAUUGGAUUAAGUUCAAAUAAUGUAUUUUCCGAUAGUAAAAUGAAAUUUUCUUCUGUUAAAAACAUUGAUUCUAUUCAACAAAGUAAUUUUACAGUCAAAUUAGGAAGAGAAAUUUGUUAUUACACUGCUAAUGGAUGUUUCUGUAAACAAGUCUAA